AACCCAUCAAACAUCAAGCCUGAAUCAUCAUCAUCAUCAUCUUCUUCUUCUUCUUCUUCCACGUUGUCGUCAGUCCUCGUCGAAAAAUAUUAUGGCAUGGUUUAUGUUCAUCGUUUAUGUUUUGUUUUGUUCUUUUCAUGUCUCGUUAGCUAAUGACUUGUCAAAGUCCAUUGACAUCAGCUGGGGAAAUGGCCGAGGUCAGAUGGUUAACAAUAACGAGCUUUUAACACUUACCUUGGAUAGAGGCUCGGGCUCAGGCUUUCAAUCCAAGAAUGAAUUCUUAUUUGCAAAGGUUCAAAUGCGAAUCAAACUUGUUUCUGGAAACUCUGCUGGCACUGUCACUACAUUCUUUUUAUCAUCAAAAGGUGACUACCACGAUGAGAUAGACUUUGAAUUCUUGGGAAACACAAGUGGAAAUCCUUACAUUCUUCACACCAAUGUGUUUUGUGAAGGAGUUGGCAACAGAGAGAUGCAAUUUUACCUUUGGUUUGACCCUACUGCUGAUUUCCAUAACUACACCAUUUUUUGGAAUCACCAACACAUUGUUUUCUAUGUAGAUGAUAUUCCCAUAAGAGAAUUCAAGAACUUCCAAGACAAAGGAGUACCCUUCCCACAAUAUCAAGCCAUGAGGUUAUAUUCAAGUCUAUGGGAAGCUGAUGAUUGGGCCACAAGAGGUGGUCUUGAGAAGAUAGAUUGGAGCCAAGCCCCAUUCAAGGCUUAUUACCAAUUCUACAAUGAAGAUGGCUGUUUUUGGUACAAUGGAUACCCUUCUUGCACUCCCAAUUCAAAUUCAUGGCUAUGGGGAAAUUUUGAUUAUGAUUAUGCAAUGAAAGGCAAAAUGAAAUGGGCACAAGAUAACUAUAUGAUCUACAAUUAUUGUCAAGAUUCAAAGAGAUUCCCACAAGGUUACCCUCUUGAAUGCUACCUCAACACCUACUAGGGGAAGGAUAACCUUAAAAAACACACAAGAAAUUAUUAAGCAUUUUCUUCCGUUUCAAACUUGUAAUGACUGAAAUUGAUAUGUCUAAUGUCAAUUGAGUUAUUCUCAAGUUGACUAUUAUCAAAUUUAAUUAUUAUGAUGUUUGUUAUUUUUUCAAAUGUCUUUCAUAUUUUACUUUCUUGUUGAAUUAUGUUUCAUAUGAAAUACGUUUUCUU